AGGUGUUUUGUCGAUGUUUGUUGGAAGGUGACAAUUUGUUGUAAGCACUAUGCUCUUUGCAACACAUCUUCGUGGAGCUCUUUCCAUUCUUAGAAGAAGCGUUUCCUAUCUGCCCAAGAAGCACAAUUACUACGAUGUGCUCGGCGUCAAACGUGAUGCAACCAUGGAAGAAAUCCAGAGUGCUUUCAUAAGAAAAACGAACGAGCUUCAUCCAGACCGCAUGUCCAAACCGAAAGACAAACGGUUACGAUGGCGAAGAAACUCCGACACUGAAUUGUUUAUGGAGGUAAAGGAGGCCUAUGAUUGUUUACGUAAACCAGAAAAGCGAGCAGCCUAUGAUGACACGCUAGAUACCAGCGAAGGAUUCUUGAUGGAGGCUACUGCCUCGAAAUAUAAAGAGGAAACUAUUGUGGAUCUGAACAGGGCUAAAAAUGAUUGCUAUAUGGGACCACGAGGACCACAUUCUCCACCUUCGCAUCAUUUCAGAGAUUUGGAAGAAGAAUAUUAUAGAGAGAAACACAGGAAUCGCAUCUUGGUCAUUCUUGGUGGAGUGGUAGUUGUACUGAUUCUAUUCAACAUUGGCUAUGUUUGGAUUUUGCGGCGAAAACAGCGCAAAGCUCUAGAAGAUUCAGCGAAAAGUUGAUAGUUGUUUAUAGUCAUUUGUGCCAGUUUUUUCUUCGUAUAGUUUAUGUACUAGCCUUUUUAUAGAUGGUGUAAGUCCUGAAGCCGCGGGUCUUCUGAGCAAUUAGUCUUUAUUUUUAUUUAGGCUAUUGAAUUUUCCUCUAUAUAUAUAGUUACCUCGUAGGUGAUAGCCUUUUUGAUCUGUGAGAUUCUGUCUUACCUCGGA